AUUUGUUACACGCUAUUCAAGCGUUAUAAAUAAAGCAUUUCGAUAAAGAUAGAAGUUUAAGUUACUUAUUUUCCUUAAAACUUAUCAAUAUUGGACAGAUAGUAGAAGCCAUGGAGUAAGCCUAAAUGUAAGUGAAUAAAUCCCCAUUGGAUGAAGAAAAAGUGUAAGGUAUAAGCAAUGGCGCAAGCUGAUAUCAGGAAGGCAAACAUCCUGGCAUAUCUACACCUACAUGUUGUACGUAGAGUCCUUAGACGUCUUUUGGAUCAUGGCGUUACAAGAGAAAACCCUUCUAUGAGGAUUGAUCAUUUUUUAUUUCACCACAUGAGUAAAAUAAACCAACACCCGAUCGGUAUUCAAAACCAAAAUCACUUGUUUCCAGGCUUUGGUGUGAACGCAAAUGUUGACGAUUGGCCGGUUUAUUUGUUUCCGUUUCUAAUAGAUAUAACUGGUCAAGGAUGGCUACAUGAGGACUUUCGCGUUUUAGUUCGCCAGAUAAGUCAAGCCAGAAUGGAACUGUAUUCAAAUAUUGUUAUAGGCAUAAGCGAAGAAUAUUUUGAACAACAGGUGAAGAUUGUACACACUGCAGUUCAAAGAAUAUGCCAGUGCAUAUCAGACAUGCAAUUUACCGAUGAGAUAAAUGGCGAAAUAAGGAAUGUCGAGGAAAUGAGGGAACCUCCUGAUAAUGCAGAUUACGUCGAAGCGUUUAACAUAAAUCACCAUACUGAAAAAUCAUAUCGACAGAGAGUUAUGGAAUUUACAGAAAAUCAGCAGCGCCUUCACGACUUCAUAACGCAGAACGCUGGGAAUUACGAAGCACAAGACGAAGAACUCGAGGAUUUGAGUAUUCGCGACCAAGAUCAUACUCGUGACUUAGAACAAGCACAUCAACAGGGACACGAUAUUACAAGCCGAAGUUUACCACCACGAUCUGCAUCCGGCAAAUAUCCCAUAAAUAUGCCAGAAUUAACAGUCGAAAUAGACAUAUCAGGAUGUAACACUGCGGAACUGCAUCAGAUAACGGAUCGUAUUGUCAACUCUUUCAACAACAGCGGUAAACACAGCAUGGAUCCAGCAAACACAUGUAUCAAGAACACACUGGAUAAUACAUUUACGUCAUUUGGAGAAUAUUAUGUACGACAAGGUUGCAUACAAGUUGUGGUGCGUCCUCGUUCCAUCAAAGAUAUGUUUCAAUUGCUGACGGACUGUGUCAAUGGAACUCUUACACAGCACUUACAGCCGAUUACAGAAUUCAUACGAAUGCUUUAUAAUUGUCAAAAUUACGAACAAGAGGCUGUGAUGUACAAAGAUAAUUACGACCAUAUGAUGGACAACAUAGCUGUUCAACUGAGAAAGAAAAUGGUUGUAAGCGAAAAUAGCUGUAAACACAACCACUAUGUUAGAGCUGAAGAGACUGGAGAUAGAUCCGUCCUUCUACACGUGGAAUGUCAUUCUGCGGAAGAUCGUGCGGCUUUCAAAUAUGCCUUGCAGGCUGGACAAAUGCAGCCAACACUUGAUGCAAUCAGACGAGAAUUUCAGCACCUUUGUCCCGAUAUUUCGUUGAAAGCAAGAUUGAAAACACUAGAAUUAUAUGGCAAAGGACCUUCGCAGAACGACAGUACAGCAUUGGAAAAGAUAAAGAAGGAUGAAAACCACAAAAGUACGACUUUGCGCACAACUGAUGUUGCAGAAAUGAGACCAUUACAUAAAGUAGGAAAUGACCACUUCCAUGACGUGCCAGCAGAUCCUAACCCAACAAGACAUAAAAAAAUUAAAAGACAGGCCGCGUCGAGCAUGUUCUGCAAACAAACUGAGAGGAUUGAACCCACUAUCCGAUGUAAAAGUUACCCAGUGUCGUAGACAAGUCAUUGCAUGACAUUCGUACCAACUGCAACACCCAAUCCACACUGUCGCUACUAAUUAAAUGAAUGUAUUAUUACUAAGACUUGGAACGGCGAUCCAGAGGAACGCACAAGGUUGGUGGCGUUGUUUUCUUUCGGAAUAACGAACGGAUGCGAUAAAAAUGUUCUUCUUCAUUGGGAUUAACUGCCGUUAACUGGUCUUUUUGCUUCCGGGGCAUUCACCGUAUAGUAUGUACAUAACACAACACCUCAUUCUACAAUACAACAAAUCACAUGCGCGCCGACAGCAAGGAUUGAACGGAUGUUUUAAUCAAAGAUCGAUUUAU